CGAAGAACAACAGAGGCUGGCGUGUCCGUUCUUUAAGAAAGAACCGGACAAAUACUGUCAACGGAGAACAUGCUCAGGCCCUGGAUGGAAUACUGUCCACCGAGUUAAGUGGGCACUUGAUGAACAAGCCCACAAUUGCCACAUAGAUCGCUGACCCAGCUCAGAGAACAUGUCUACCGAAGCCACGCCCUACCCAUAGCAUGCCCAAUAUGCCAUGAAACGUUCGAAAAUGACAGGCUCAAAGAUGACCAUCUGAAAAGGCCGGAACGUUGCGAAUUUCGAGAGCAGCCCCCAAUUGAAGGCAUGGACACGACACAAAAGGAGCAACUAAGAACCCGGAAGCAGUCGCACAAGUAUAAGACGGAGGCCGAAAAAUGGAACGACAUGUAUCUCAUAUUGUUCCCACGAGCCGAUCCGAUAUCCAUUCCCUGUCCAUACUACCAGUACACUAGCACUGGGGUUGAUGACACGAAGGGCUCAGAUUCCGAGUUCACUCGAUACGAGCAGUUCCUACGAGAACCUCCAGUCCACGUGCGGCAAGAGCUCGAGAUCCUCAUUACCGAGCGUCUCAACCGUCUCGAGGAAAACCUUCGGAGCCAGCUGAUCGGCACCGUGUGGGAUAUGCAGCUUCGAUUGCUGGACAUUUACAAAGCUAUGCGAGCGGCCAACGCUAUCGCUACCGCUCCCGCCGCAGCAACUACUGGAGGCGAGACAAGCUCUGGCAGCGCUUCCUCCAAAGCUCAACAAACUGGCUCAACUAAAGUACGCCUCAGCGUAGAAAAUGAGCUACAACCGUUCCAGCCGCCGCCAUAUUUUGAGAAUUUCGAAGAUUUCAAUACCUUUAACAGCAUCUUCGUCGACUUCCCCGAUAUGCAAUUUGGAUCCAUUGAGCCUAGCUCAGGAUAUGGGUUGUUCCCUUCGGAGAAGGGAGGCGGCACGUGUGCUUUAGAUGGUUGGAGUGAUGAGCAGGUCUUUGUUAGCGGUGCGGACGGCACCGGCACCCAGGCGCAUGUACUCGUACCAGUUGCGCCAGUUGUAGGAUUCAUCGCGGAGGUAGACACCUGUGAGGAUAUUGCGGAUUUCGUUGCGGAGGGCUAGGGAUAUCAGGACGAGCCAAUUAUUGCCCUAUCUGUGUUACGCAAUACCAAGAACGAGAAGGAAUGGCAUAAUGUCGAC